GCGAUUGGCUGCGUGAAGGCGGGUGUCUUGAGCGCCCAGGGUGGUGAGGGACUGACCAUAGGUUUGCGGUUUGUUUAGGUUGGCGAGCAGUGUCUGUCAUAUUCUCGCAGAUUUUGCAAGCUGGUGUAGCGGAGUCACAGAGUCAAAAGAGAAUUUAAGGCAUGAAGUGAAGUAAUUACAGACUCACGUGGUUGGCAGUCAAAAGGCUGAAACAUCCGGGCGUGGUGGCGCACGCCUGUAAUCUCAGCACUGGGGAGGCUGAGGCAGGAGGAUCGCUGAGUUCGAGGCCAGCUUGAACUACAUGUCAGUACUACGGAAGAUGAGGCGAUCUACAGCACCGAGUCAGUUGCAUGGAAAUUCCUCCAAAAAAGCAAAAUUCAUACCACCAGGAAGAAGUAAUCCGAGUCUGAAUGAAGAGAUUACAAAACAGAGUCUAGAUACAAAGUUAAUAGAGGGUGCUGCAGAUGAUGCCCUCCUCCAGUCACAAGAUGAUCCCAGAGUGUGCUGUUCAAAUCUUUUGCCGUCGGCAGGAAGCACUAGGGAAGUUAAUCACAGGAAUAAUUACAGUGGGAGACAUUGUUUUGAAUCAUCUGCAAUGGCAGUGUUAGAUCCACCUCACACAGUUCAUUCAGCCCUUCAAGAAAUAACAGAGUCUAAGGGACAAGAAGAGGAACUUGAUAGCCUAGUUAAAUAUUUCAGUGUUGUUUGGUGCAAGGCUUCAAAGAAAAAACACAAAAAGUGGGAAGGAGAUGCUAUUCUUAUUGUGAAAGGAAGGUCAUUUAUAUUAAAAGAUUUAGAAGGCAAAGACAUUGGGAAAGGUAUUGGAUAUAAAUUCAAAGAGCUUGAAAAGAUUGAAGAAGGCCAAACACUGAUGAUUGGUGGAAAAGAAGUAGAAAUCAUAGGUAUAAUCUCUUCAGAGGACUUCAACAGUGGCAGGUGUUUUCAGUUUGGAGGAGGAAGCCCUGCUGUCCCAGGUUCUUCUCAGACUGCCACAAAGCAAUUUUCUAAGCCUUUCAAAAGUGUUUGUAAACCAAGUUCAAAGAAAAAUAUACGGGAUGCUUUCCAAAAUUACAAACCACGCCAUGACCCAUACACACCAAAUUCUCUUGUUAUGCCACGACCUGACAAGAAUCACCAGUGGAUGUUCAAUAAGAACUGUUUUCCUCUUGUGGAUGUAGUGAUAGAUCCUCAUGUUGUACAUCACCUUCGACCACAUCAGAAAGAAGGAAUCAUAUUUCUUUAUGAAUGUGUAAUGGGUAUGAGAAUGAAUGGCAGAUAUGGAGCUAUUCUUGCUGAUGAGAUGUGUUUAGGGAAAACGUUGCAAUGUAUUUCGCUCAUCUGGACCCUGCAGUGUCAGGGACCCUAUGGAGGCAAGCCAGUGAUAAGGAAGAGCCUAAUUGUUACACCCGGAAGCUUGGUGAAUAAUUGGAGGAAAGAAUUUAAAAAAUGGCUGGGAACUGAAAGGAUCAAGAUAUUUACUGUUGAUCAGGACCACAAAGUUGAAGAAUUCAUCAAAUCUGUAUUUUAUUCUGUUCUUAUCAUUAGCUAUGAAAUGUUACUUCGUUCCCUGGAACAAAUUAAGAAUAUAAAAUUUGAUCUUCUAAUCUGUGAUGAGGGACAUCGUUUGAAAAACAGUGCCAUUAAGACAACUACAGCCCUCAUUAGCCUUUCUUGUGAGAAAAGAAUAAUUCUAACUGGUACUCCAAUUCAGAAUGAUCUGCAAGAAUUUUUUGCAUUAAUUGAUUUUGUAAAUCCAGGAGUACUGGGCUCUUUGGCAUCUUACAGGAAAAUAUAUGAAGAACCCAUCGUUAUGUCGAGAGAACCUUCUGCUUCUGAGGAAGAAAAGGAGCUAGGAGAGAGAAGAGCAGCUGAACUUACUCGUGUCACUGGACUUUUUAUCCUUAGAAGAACCCAGGAAGUCAUAAAUAAGUAUCUCCCACCUAAAAUAGAGAAUGUACUCUUUUGCCGACCAGCAACACUGCAGAUUGAACUUUAUAAAAAGCUGUUGAAUUCCCAGGCUAUCAGGUUCUGUCUUCAAGGGUCCCUGGAAAAUAGUCCUCAUCUAAUAUGUAUAGGAGCUCUUAAAAAACUGUGCAAUCACCCCUGCCUUUUGUUCAACUCCAUAAAGGGAAAAGAUUGUAGCUCAACUUGUGAUGGAAACGAAGAAAAGAGUCUAUACGAAGAAAAGAGUCUGUACGAAGGCUUGCUAAAUGUGUUUCCUGCUGAUUAUAAUCCUCUGGUGUUUAUGGAGAAGGAUUCAGGAAAACUACAAGUGCUGGCAAAACUCCUAGCUGUUAUCCAUGAACUUCGUCCCACUGAAAAGGUGGUGUUGGUAUCCCACUAUACACAGACCUUAAAUAUUUUGCAAGACGUCUGCAAGCGUUAUGGAUAUGCUUAUGCAAGACUUGAUGGACAAACACCAAUCUCUCAAAGGCAACAAAUUGUUGAUAAUUUCAAUAGUAAAUACUCUUCUGACUUUAUUUUUUUGUUAAGUUCAAAAGCUGGUGGUGUAGGACUUAACCUGAUUGGAGGAUCUCACUUAAUUCUCUAUGACAUUGAUUGGAAUCCAGCCACUGAUAUCCAGGCUAUGUCUAGAGUAUGGAGAGAUGGUCAGAAACAUGCUGUACAUAUUUACAGACUCCUAACCACAGGUACAAUAGAAGAAAAGAUCUAUCAAAGGCAGAUCAGUAAGCAAGCUCUUUCUGGGGCCGUUGUAGACCUAACCAAGAUAUCUGAACAUAUUCAGUUUUCAGUAGAGGAACUUAAAAAUUUGUUCACAUUACAUGAAAGUUCACAUUGUGUUACUCAUGACCUGCUUGACUGUGAGUGUACUGGAGAAAAAGAUCGCACAGAUGAUUCUUUGGAAAAAUUUGCUGUCUCUAGACAUUGUCAACUUGGUCCUCAUCAACAAAAAUAUAACUCCUUGAAACCUCUUUCCAUGUCACAACUGAAGCAAUGGAAACAUUUUUCUGGAGAUCAUUUAAAUCUUAUGGAUCCUUUUCUUGAAAGAAUAAGAGAAAAUGUGUCAUUCUUUUUUCAGAAUAUAACCAAUCAAGCUACUUGUAUAUAAUAAAGGUUUACUUCACGACAUUCUCUUCUGUUUUAAAAAUUAAUACAGUAAUCAAUACUUACUCAGAAGUGUGCUUUACUAAUCUGCUCAGCAGCUCUCAAACCAAUCAGGUUGACACAGUGAAGCUUAACCACCACACUAAGGAAUAUAAAAAGGUAAAAUAUUUAUUCUCUGUCUUUGGGAAAUCUAAUAUGGUGAAUAUUAGACAUAAACAACUGAAAAACUGAAAAACUUUAAACUGUAGCUCAAGGGAGAAAGAAAAUUUAAGGCUAGGAUUGCAAAUGCUGAUGAAUUCUUCAUCAUAUCAUCAAAUACGAGUUAUUUAAAUAUGUAGUGCCAUACUUGGACAGUAAGAUUCCUGAAUAGGCAAUUGGGUACCAAAUUUAUUAGAAAGUAGUCAACUAAUAAUAGGAAAAAAUGGCUCCAUGUGUAGGCUCCAUGUGUGAUACUUUGCAUAAAACUUCUUUUAGUAUCCGUCAUGUAUAAUAUUAUUAUUAUUAUUUUUUUUUGGUACUGGGGAUUGGACUUGGGACCUUGUGCUUGUGAGGCAGGUGGUGGCACCACUGAGCUAAAUCCCUGGCUCCUUGUAUCAUAUUAUUGUCAAGUGUAAAAUUCUUUAAAAAAAACCGAGAAGGUUCAGGCAUUUUUGUUGUCUGUCUUAAUUGGAGUAGAUGCUCGGGUGCUGCUCAGAUUGCUCCCUUCAGGAUGAAGGUGUGUGUUUCUCUGGUUGCCUCCUGCCAAAGGGGACUGCUUCUCCCAGGUUGGCUGUGAUUGCAGAGUGUGAAGGUCCAGCUUACUCAAUCUGAGACAUCUCUAAAGGUCCAUUCUAGUUCACAGAUCUCAGAUGAAGCUUCUCUUACAACUUCAUUGAACUGCCUUCAUCAGUCCAGUCCUGCUUUCUUCACUUUCUUAUGGAUAUUGUUCCCAAGAGCUCUUCCUAGUAAAUCCUCCGUGUGCACGUCUGCUUUGGUCUGUUUUCCAGGGAAUCUGGCUUAGAAAUGACACUACUCUCAGGGCUCUCGCUGAAAAAAAAGCAUUUUAUUUUUUAUUUUUAAAUUUUUAUUUGUGGAACCGGGGAUCGAACUCAGGACCUUGCACUUGCCAGGCAGGCGCUGGCGCCACUGAGAUAAACCACCAGCCCAAGAAAAGCAUUUUAAUCAUUUUAACAGAGGCAUCAGAUUAUAAAUACUUGCCAGCCAAUAACCAUUUACUGGAAUGAAUUUACAAUGUGAAAUUUUAAAAAGUUAGCUUUAUAUCACCGGUUAUGUCCCCCCAGUCCAAAUGCUGAAAUGUGUGAUGAUGUUAGGAGGUGGGGCCUUUGGUUGUGUAUUGGGUCAUAAAAGCAGAACCCUCUCGUGCGUAAGAUUGAUAUCUUAUAGGAUGAGAGAACUUGCUUCCUUCCUCCCCUCUCUUCUCUACUGUGUGAAGAUGCACCAAGACGGCCGUCUGUAACCCAGGAAGAAAGCCUUUGUCAGAUACUGGCUCUGCUGUCACCCUUAUCUGGGAUUUGCCAGUUUCCAGCACUGAGAAAUAAAGUUGUCUUCU